UGUUUUGUGGUGAGGCGUGAUAUAAACGUGAAUAAUAUGAAGUUCCAUUUUUGCUUAAUUGUUUUGAUUGCACUCUGCACAGUGGCCUACUCUAGGCCAGAUGUACAAACUAAUGUUAUAACAGCGAAAGGCAAAAACGUCGAUCAGGCAAAAUCAAAAGCAAAAGCGCAGGCCAGCAAAGCGAUCGAGAGCAAUAAGACUAAAUUGAAUAAAGAAGUAACGGAAAUUAAAGAUCUUGGGAACGAAGAAAAAGCCAAAGACGAGCCAAAAGCUUUGGCUAUUUCUGAAGAGGAUGAAUCUAAGCCAGAGGUGAGCUUGGGAUGCAAUUGUGGAAUUUUCAUGUCUGGUCAAAUACCGAGAGGUUCCAAAGCCCAACCGAAAGGAAACCCAGUGUUAUUGCAAGAACAGGACGGGAUUUUUGCUUGCACACCUUUGGGAACUAAACAGUGUACUAACAAAUGUUUGGACACGAUCAUAAGACAUUUACCAAACUCUCCCAAUAUUUUGUGCGGUCUUAUGGACCGUGAUUGCCACAAGGAAAGGGCUUACUUGUUCGUGCGAAAUUGCGGUUCAGGAUGGACAAACACUAAAUUAUCAGCCGGUCGUGAAUACUGUUGUAAAGAAGGCAAACCUUACACAUGCCCAUUGAUUUAA